AUGAUGUUUUCACCUAUUUACAUAUUAUUCAGCCUUUUGCAUCUGCCCAUUAUUACCGCUUGGGGACCCCUUGGUCAUGAUACCACAGCGUGGGUCGCCAGUCACUUUGUCUCCGAAGCGACUGCAGAAUACUUGAAAGAUCUCCUUGACAACCACGGCGAGGAUUAUUUGGCUCGUAUUGCAUCAUGGGCAGACAUACCUGGAAACAGCCGCCGCACUGACCAUUUCAUUGAUGCUCACGACGAUCUAGCAAACCGGAACUGCAAUGUCAACUAUGCGCGUGAUUGCAAGCAAGAAGGAUGCGUUAUAAGUGCCCUUGCUGAAUACACUGAGCAGGCUUUGGCUCCUGCGACGGGCAAUGGGGACAUCAAUCAGGCUGUAAGGUUGCUUGUGCACUUCAUAGGGGACUUACAUCAGCCACUACACAACGAAGACGUUGCCCAAGGGGGAACCCAGCUUCAUGUUCGUUGGGAAUCCUCAGACAGGACAUUGCAUAAGGUGUGGGAUACUCAGAUUGCCGAGAAACUCACCGAAGAGCUUGGGGGUAGGCCCACAGACCGUGCUUCCAGAUGGGCGGACCAGCUUGCGAGCAAAAUCACAGAUGGAGAGUUCGCGGAUCAGAAGCGCGAGUGGCUGAAACAUUUGGACGUGAGGAACCCAAAUGGGACCGCGAUGAUUUGGUCUCAAGAAUCAAACCAGCUGUUUUCCCGCGUGGUUUCGGUCCCGACCAAAUCAGAGGAAAAGAGCUUAGCGGAAAUUACUAUGAGCAAGCUUGGCCAGUUGUCGAGAGACAAGUUGCUCGGGCCGGUUAUCGUAUGGCAGCUUGGCUUGACGCAGUGGCCGAGCAGGUUCAUGGUCGUGGACAAGGAGAACUUUGAUUGA